AAAAUGCUGGCCAGAUCCGGUUUGGUCCUUCUCUUUGUGCUCGCCACCGCUGCCUGCUUUGAGGUGGGGCCAGAGGAGGCUGCACCCCGCCGGGCACGCUUCUCUGCAAACAGCCCAAAUGAUGUUGCCAAGUGUUUGAAUGGUGCUGUAGCUGUGGGCUGUGGAGUUUUUGCCUGUCUGGAAAACUCAACCUGUGACACAGAUGGAAUGCACGAUAUCUGCCAACUCUUCCUCCAUACAGCUGCUACCUUCAACACCCAGGGUAAAACAUUUGUCAAGGAGAGCCUGCGCUGUAUUGCCCAGGGAAUCACUUCUAAAGUUUUCCAGACUAUCCGCCGCUGUAAUGUCUUCCAGAGGAUGAUUGCUGAGGUCCAGGAGGAGUGCUACAACAGUCUUGAUAUCUGCACUGUGGCUCGUACCAAUCCUGACGCCAUUGGAGAAGUGGUGCAGGUGCCUGCUCAUUUCCCUAACAGGUACUACAGCACUCUACUCCAGUCCCUGCUCGCCUGCGAUGAGCAGACGGUCGCAGCAGUCAGGGCCGGCCUGAUUUCCAGGUUAGGUCCAGACAUGGAGACGUUUUUCCUGCUCCUCCAGAACAAGCCUUGCGCCACUGGACCCAACACUGCAACUCAUAACAACCCCGCCAACUGGAGGAACAUGCCUGUGUUCAACAUUCAGCCCAGCUUCAGAGGGAGAGACCCAACUCACCUCUUUGCCAGGAAGAGAUCCGUUGAUGACAGGGAGAGAGAGUAUAUGGGGGAGAAGUAGACACAUGCUUAGGCACACUUUAUCACACACUCACUCGCACAUGCACACACGCACACACACACACAGACACGCACACACACACACACACACACACACACAUACACGUCCAUGCAUGUAUGCCUUUGCAUUCCUUAACAUACAUCCACAUCCAGUCCUAAAUUUUGCUUCCACAUAUAUCUAUCCACACUGACACACACAAACACAUUUGAAAACACACAGAUUACUUAUCGU